AUGCGCGUGACCCGGUCGGCGAGAGUGCGGGAGGAGCUGGAUCGAGACGACUCGCCGGAGGUGCAGGAGGUAGCCGCAUGGAUAGGGGGGGUACUAGCGGAGGUUGCAGAGGUUGCGGAGGUUGAGGUUGAGGAGGUAGCCGCGGAGGUUGAGAAUCUAGCUGCGGAGGUUGAAGAGGUGGUUACGGAGGUAGCCGCGGAGGUAGGACGACCCGCGCAGAGAGAAUACGCGAAGGACAGCGGCGACGGCGGCGAACUGCGAAGUACUACGCGUGGACGGCUGGAUGGCCGUCGUGCGGAGAUGAAUGGCUCAGAUGGAAGCGGGACUCGUCGGAGUAAGCAGCUAGGGAAGGGAGGCGCGAACAGCGCCGAUGCUUCCGCUUCGCAACAGCCCGCUCACGUGUUGCAUCGAGAGCGAUCUUCGAGCUCGCCGGUUGACCUGGAAGUUGACGUGGCGGCGAGACGCCAAGCUGGAAUGGUGGAUUCGGAGGCUGCCGACGUGGCGGAGGAGGAACGUAUCGCUCGCGCCAUGAUGCGUCUCAGCAAGGGCAAAGAAAAAGUGGUUGAAAGCAGCAUGAAGUAUUGUGCCGAGUCAGACGAAUGCAUUCAGGAUUGGCAGGCUGCUGGACCGAGCACGCAGCCUUGUGCUCGGGAACGGGCCGAACGUGAAGAAGAUGCAGAACCUGCUGAUGUGGCGGAGCAGGAAAGUCUCUCUCGCGCAAGACGUCUAAGCAAGGGCAAGGAAAAAGUUGUUGAAAGCAGCAUGGACUAUCAUGCCGAGGCUGACGGUUACGAGUCAGACGAAUGUAUGCCGAGGCUGCAGGUGCAGCACUUCAUGACGUACGCGUCCAUCUAA